GAUUUAAUGUAUGGGAGAUCUUAUUUCCCCGUAACACAAAAAUAUAAUCAUCUCUGUAUACACACUACCAAGGAAACCUAGUAUCAUAUAUUUGCUUGCCUGGUGUUGGUAAUUACUAGCCAGAAAUUUGCAAUAUAUCUUAAGGUUUGCAAUAAAUUGGCAAGUUCCUGCGGAUUUGACCACUUCUUCCCUAGUAACUUCCCAAUGAUUCUUAGCGAGGCUAACAAAAAUUUCGCAACCAUUUCCAUAACCGCUUUGAUUUCGGCUGCCACAGCCAAAAUUGUCGAUUGUGUAUCAGCCGGUGAGGAGGUUUCAAGCACUGAUUUAGAUGAUGGAGUUUACUACUUCCAGCUACCUUCUAACUCUUCAGCUUUUUUCAGCUAUAACAAUGAUAAUAACUAUACCGCCAAGUUUUAUUACGCGGUCGUGGGGAAUAAGGUUUACCAUACUUACAUCAGGACCGGUGGAAAUAUAAUUGCCAUUCCUGCUGAAGAGUUGUAUCACACCGAGAAUGAUGUUGUGAUUUACUCAGUUGAAAAGGAUAACAAUGACAAUGUUCUGUCAUGGCAGCUUUCUCCGAACGAUGUAGAAGAUUCCGCCUAUUUCAGUGAAAGCACACUCCAAGAGAACCGUAAUUGGGAUAGAUAUGCUGGAUCAAGCAAUAUCAGCUCUGAACAGCCAACUAGAAAUUAUGGUUCUGUUUUUGGUACAACGUCUUCAAUCGAUGUCUUAGGUGCCAGCAGCACCAGUCAACAUUCGCAUGAUGGUCACGAGAACGAUGAUGAUGAUGGUGAGAGUGACAGUGAAGACGAUGCAGUGAGAAAUAAAAGCAAGAGAAAUCUCAGACAUAAACUUCAAAUGUUAAAAUUGGAGGAGUUGGUUGCAAAAGAUAAUGCUGACGAUGAAGCUGACGAUGAAGCUGAUGAUGAAGCCGAUGAUGAAGUUGAGCAAGUUCAGCUUACCGGAUAUAAAAAAUACUCUAAAGUCAGGAAGAGGGAUCGUAGCGAUGUCAUCGUCAACCUCUAUUAUCAAAGUGGUGAAACUUUCAUGACUGCCAACUAUGCUGUUGUGGAUCAAGGUGUUGCUUCCAUCGCCGCUACUACGAUUAUUUCUGAUUCUGGAACAUAAUCUUCUUCAACUAAUAGUGCAGAGACCACUAUUACCGGAGGCAGAUCUGCUAUUGGCUCUGGUUCUAGUUUCGCUUCAUCUUAAGAAGCUGAGAUUUCAGAGCUGAUUGCCGCUCCAGUAACUUCUACUAACCCGUCGAGUACUUCUGGGGGCUCCUCAAGGGUAGCUAGUUCUACAUCCAGUAUUUCAGUUUCUAGUAGUUAUGCCAACCUCAUAGACGGGAUGAACAACGCCCACUUUUAUUAUACUGGUGUGGCCAUUAUUACGUUGGCUGCCUUGAUUUAGCUAUCAACCUUGUGUAUUUGUGAUUAUAUGUUUUGUACGCAUCUUCAUUUUGAACUUUCAAUUGAAUCGUAACCAGAUCCAGAAUCUCCGUCAACUAACUUUUCCACAUCUCUCAUUCCUUUUUCUGUGUCACAGAUAGAAUACAAUCCAAGGGCGAUCAACGCAAGAAACAUAUUAGGUAAGAAGGGAAACCGGUCAUUAUUGGUUCUAUCCUGAAUAGUGGCAUUAACCAAACUGCCAAUCCAGCCGGUUGCGAUCCCGAGCAUAAUUUCUAGUCCAAAGUACUGGGCUUCAUCUCCUUCUGGUAGCAAUGUGCUAUAAACAGCUCUGUUCAUACUCCUCAAUGAAGACCCACUAGCAUUAAAAAGAACUUCGAAAACCCAAAAUUCCCAUCUAUGUUUGAAUCCAAUCUUCACCUUAGAGUUGAUCCCUAGAGUUCCCCAGAAAUUACUGAAUACCUGAACAAAAAAAAAUCCAUACCCCCACUGUUUUAUAGUAAUUUUCGUUCUAGGAUAAAGGAACAUCCACCCUAAAGACCCCAAGCUUGCCACAAUGUAAGAUAUAAAUGUGUACACAGUAUAUUCCGCAUCACUACUACCAAUUCCCAAGGUAGACCUGAAAAGUAAAACAAACACACUCAAAAAGUUGGAAUAGCUCACAUUCCAGAUCACCCAGGAAAUACAGUAUAUGAAUGCCUGUGGAUAUUUGGUGAUGUUCUUCAACAAGGAUAUACACCUUUUGAUACUUAAGAAUAAUAGGAACUCGCCUUUCGGCUUUGGUUUAGCCUGGACGCUAGGAAUAAAAUAAGCAGAAAUAAUAGAAAACACUACUGUCAAACACCCUGCUAUAGUGAUUGCAAGUAGGAAAUUAUGGUAACCAUUGGCAAUUGGACCACCCCUCCCAUACGAGAUGAUGAUUCCUAUUAACAACGCAGUCAAACCACCACAGUUUCCCAAAACUAUUCCCAUCACGCUUACAGUCGAACCUCUCUUUAAGAUGAUGUUUCUUCUGACCUCUUCCGAAGUUUCCCCUUUGGGGGAACUUGCUCUCAUGAACAAUGGAAUGUAAGAACCUUCAGUUAUUUGGUAGACACAGUCUGUAACAUUGAGAAGAGCAUAGAGGACCGACAAACCUGUCAUAGUCGCAUAGGUCUUGUCAGUCAAACCUGCAAAUGGCAAUGCAAUCAAUCCGUAGAACAAAAUAGAACCACACAAAAGAAUUUUUCUGUAAUUGGAAUAAUCAGCUAUUCCCAUAAAAAGAAUGGCUAUAACUCCCUCCACGGCAGUAGAAAUAGCUUUUAAGUAGAGCACAUAAGAUGUGGAAUGGACCCAGCUGGUCCCAAACUUCACGUAGCAGUCAUUUCCCCUACGAGCACAGACACCACCUUGACUGGUUCUACCUACCAAGGUAGCAAUGGAUUGAAUGGCAGCCGGAACGUAAGUUCUAGACAUUGAUGCAACUGGCCCAGUAGCAUAACAUAACAACAACCAGCUUCUGUAUAUCUUCUUCUUAGACCAUAUUGAGUCUGAGUUAGGUGCAACUUCAGAAAUGGUUUCAUGAAGACUAGGUGUUUUCAAAGAGUUUCUCUCUCGAGUGUCGCUGCUCAUUUUU